CAAUUUCAACGUUAAUAAGUGUGACAUUAGAGCGCUGAAACUUUAAUAUUCAUUUAAAGCCAAAUAUGAUGAAGUGAGGUGUUGACACUAAUUAUUGAUCAAACUUUUAGUCAACAUCAUGCCUGUCAACACGGGAAAAUAUACUAAAGAUAGGGGGAGUAAAGAUUACAAUUACCAGGAUGGAGGUAUUCCGAGGGAGAAUACUCCAGAGGGUAGAUUGUAUCAAGUCAAAGAAAACAAUCAUAGCGAAGGUCUCUAUGGAUUUCACAGAGUUACAGAUGUCAAAGACAGAGUCGGAUUCCUUAUAAAUAUGCACACAACUGAAAUCGUUGAAGAUGAUAAACAACUUUUCUCUGGAGUCGAUUUGUUUUUUCUUGAAGAUGAUGGUUCAAGAUUUAAAAUUUCAUUACCAUAUAAUCCAUACUUUUAUGUAUUGUGUAGAGAUGGUACCAAUCAAGAAGUAAUAACAUACAUGCAAAAGAAAUUUUCAGGAUUUUUAUUAAAAAUAGAAAUUGUUUCUAAAGAAGAUCUAGAUUUGCCCAAUCAUUUAGCCGGUUUGACAAGAGAUUAUUUGAAAUUAUCAUUUACAAAUAUUGUUAAUUUACAAAAAGUUAAAAGAGAUAUUAUGAGUGCUGUGAAAGUUAAUAAAGAACGAGAAAAAAGCAAUACUCAUUAUGCUAAGCUAUUGGCAGAAACAUUUCAAAAUCAAGAACACUAUCAAAGGAAAAUUAUUGAUCAAAUGGAUAAUGUCAUUGACAUAAGAGAACAUGAUGUUCCCCAUCAUGUAAGAGUAUCAAUUGAUUUAGAAAUCUUUGUUGGCAAGUGGUACAAUGUCAGAACUUUAGGAGCUACUGCACCACCAAUUAUCUCUGCCAAAGCUGAUCUUGUUGAACCUCCAGAACCAGUAGUUCUUGCUUAUGAUAUUGAAACAACAAAAUUACCUCUCAAAUUUCCAGAUGCUGCAAUUGAUCAAAUUAUGAUGAUCUCUUAUAUGUUAGAUGGACAGGGCUAUUUGAUUAAUAACAGAGAAAUCAUAUCAGCUGAUGUAGACGAUUUUGAGUAUACACCUAAACCUGAAUAUGAAGGCCGUUUCACAGUCUGGAAUGAGCCAAACGAAAAAGCUGUAAUAAACAAAUUUUUCAAUCAUAUAAAUGAAGUAAAACCUCACAUAUUCGUUACAUACAACGGCGAUUUUUUCGAUUGGCCGUUCGUUGAGGCUCGCGCAGCAAUUCACGAUAUCAACAUGAAAGAACGAAUUGGUUUUGCCAAAAACAAGGAUGGCGUUUACACGAGUAGAGCAGCGAUGCACUUGGAUUGUUUGUGUUGGGUAAAAAGAGAUUCGUAUCUACCCGUAGGAUCACAAGGUCUCAAAGCCGUCUCCAAAGCGAAAUUGCGCUACGAUCCGGUUGAAAUCGAUCCCGAGGACAUGUGUCGUCUCGCGGCGGAGGAUCCAGAAACGAUGUGCAACUAUUCGGUCUCCGAUGCCGUGGCCACAUUCUAUCUCUAUCACAAAUACGUCCAUCCGUUCAUAUUCGCUCUGUGCACCAUCAUUCCCAUGGAGCCAGAGGAAGUUUUGCGCAAGGGUUCGGGAACUCUGUGCGAAUCGCUGCUCAUGGUCGAAGCCAAACGAGUAAACGUCAUUUAUCCCAACAAACAGGAAGCGGAGUGGACCAAAUUCACUCGAGACGGGCAUUUAUUGGACGUGGAAACAUACGUCGGUGGACACGUCGAGGCCCUCGAAUCGGGCGUUUUCCGCGCUGACAUUCCGUACAAAUUCAAGAUCGUACCCAGCGCCGUCGACGAGCUUAUGGAGGGCGUCGAGAACGCCCUGAGACACGCCAUCGAGGAGGAGGAGAAAGUACCGAUGUCGGAGGUGACGAAUUUCGACGAGGUCGUGCAAGAGGUCAAGGAGAAACUCGCGGCGUUGCGAGCCCAGCCGCUGAGAACAGAGAAACCCAUCAUCUAUCAUUUGGACGUCGGCGCCAUGUACCCCAACAUCAUCCUGACGAAUCGUCUUCAACCGUACGCCAUGGUCGACGAGUCGGCCUGCGCCGCCUGCGACUACAACAAGCCUGGCGCCCAGUGCCAGCGCAACAUGGAAUGGAUGUGGCGAGGCGAGUACCUCAAGGCCACUGCGGGCGAGUACCAGCGCACCCAGCAGCAGCUCGAGACGGAGAAAUUUCCGCCGCUGCUGCCGGGCGGCAGACAGCGGGCCUUCCACGAGCUCAGCAAGCAGGAGCAAGCUGCGAUCGAGAAGAAACGACUGUCGGAUUACUGCAAGCGCACGUACAAGAAGGUGAAGGAGACGAAGACGGAGGAGAGAACGCAGACCGUGUGUCAGCGCGAGAACUCGUUCUACGUCGACACCGUCAGGGCGUUCCGAGAUCGAAGAUACGAGUACAAGGGCCUGACGAAGAGAGCCAAGGCUCAGCUCGAUCAGGCCAAGGCCAACAAAGAUGCGGCAGCCGUGAAAUCGGCCAACAGUCGCGUGGUUCUCUACGACUCCUUGCAGCUAGCCCACAAGUGCAUUCUGAAUUCAUUUUAUGGAUACGUGAUGCGCAAGGGUUCGCGCUGGUUCAGCAUGGAGAUGGGCGGUAUCGUGUGCUACACCGGUGCCCACAUCAUCAUGAAGGCUCGAGAGAUCGUCGAGCAAGUCGGCCGACCGCUCGAACUCGACACCGACGGCAUCUGGUGCAUCCUGCCAGGCUCUUUUCCCGACAACUUCAUCGUCAAGACGACGAACCCGAAGAAGAGCAAGCUCGUCGUGUCCUAUCCCAACGCCAUGCUGAACUUCAUGGUGAAGGACCAGUUCACGAACGAUCAGUACCACGAGCUCGUCGAUCCGGCCAACCGAGGCUACAAGAUACGCAGCGAGAACUCGAUCUUCUUCGAGGUCGACGGACCGUACCUCGCGAUGGUGCUGCCAGCCGCCAAGGAGGAGGGCAGAAAGCUGAAGAAGAGAUACGCCGUGUUCAAUUUCGACGGCUCGCUGGCGGAACUGAAGGGAUUCGAGGUGAAGAGACGAGGAGAGCUGCGCCUCAUUAAACUCUUCCAAUCGAACGUGUUCGAGUCUUUCUUGAAGGGAGGCACGCUGGAGGAGUGCUACGCCGAGGUGGCCAAAGUUGCCAAUUACUGGCUCGACAUUCUGUUUCAAAAAGGCGCCCACGUGACCGACACCGAGCUGUUCGAUCUCAUUUCGGAAAACAAGAGCAUGUCGAAGAAACUGGACGAGUACGGAGCCCAGAAAUCGACGUCCAUAUCGACGGCCAAGCGUCUCGCCGAAUUUCUCGGCGAUGAGAUGGUCAAAGACGCCGGAUUGGCCUGUAAAUACAUUAUAUCGCGAAAGCCGCUCGGAGCACCGGUCACGGAACGCGCCGUGCCGUUGGCUAUUUUCCAGUCGGAACCUUCGGUAACCCGGCACUACCUGCGACGUUGGCUGAAGGAUCCGAGCAUCCAGGAGAUCGAGAUUCGAGAUAUUCUCGAUUGGCAGUAUUACAUCGAGCGUCUGGGCAGCACCAUACAGAAGAUCAUCACCAUUCCGGCGGCUCUGCAGGGGAUUUCCAAUCCGGUACCGAGGGUGCCGCAUCCCGAUUGGCUGCACAAGAAGAUGCUUGAGAAGACGGACGGCCGGAAGCAGCGAAAGAUCACCGACGUGUUUCAGCGUAUCGAGAAACCAGUGAACGAGGACGAGGAAGAGGGCGAGGAGGACGAUGAUUCGGAUGCCGAGGCCGAGCGCUCGAUAAUGGACAUGGAGGACAUCGGCGCUGCUCCUGGUUCAGCGAGUCAACGACCUUUCGGUUACACCGUCACCAAGAGGAAGAGAACGUUCUCCGACGAAGAGCAUGAGGCGGCCGAGAAGGAGCACGAGAGCCUAAUGAAGGAUAAUUGGAGGAAAGUUUUGGGUAAUCCACCGGCAAAUCCAACCACUCACGAAGAAUUUGAAGCGUGGUUGAAAUUCCACAAAGAAAAGUGGGCCUACCAAGCGAAGCAAAGAGCCGCGAAAAAGAAAUUCGGUGCUCCGAAACGAUCGAGAAUGGAUAUGGGCUUUGCAGUUCCCUCGAGUAGUAAACCGGCAUCCAAGAAUCAAGGAUUACUCGGUGGCUUUUUGCAACGCGCUCAACAAAAGCUAUUGGAAACACCGUGGCAAAUUAUUCAGAUGAUAGAAACCAGCGAACCCGGUUUGUUCCGAGUUUGGAUACUCGUGGACCAAGAGCUGCAGCUGAUCAAACUCAACGUGCCGAGGAUUUUUUACGUCAAUACUCGCCUAGAGAGACAAGAAGCAGGAGAUGAUGAGAAAAGAGCUUGGAAAAAGUGCCACAGAAUAUUACCGCGUUCGCGACCGGUUUAUCAUCUCUAUAGGUAUUCUUUACCCGAACGAUCCUUCAAAACACACAGUGGAGCGCUGAUGAACGACAUCAUAGAACCGGAUAUCGAGGGUAUUUACGAAACGCAAAUGUCUCUGGAGUUUCGUGCAAUAAUGAACUUGGGAUGCGUGUGCGCGGUUGACAGGGCAGCGAUGCCCAAGCUCAAAGACACCGAUACCUUCGAUCUGGAACAAUUGAAUUUUAGAACUUUUUCCACACAGCCAUAUCUAAAACAAAUCGGAGAAAUGAAGAAAAUAUUUUUGUAUCACCAUUGGUCUGUCAGUAGUAAUUUUAAAAGAGGCAUGUGGAGCUUGUUUUUGCCCGAGAAGAAGAUUUGUCAAAUUUUUGCAUUGGACACCGUUAGAACCGAUCGCAUGCCUAAUAUGAAUACCUUGUACACCAACGAAAGAAACAAAGCAAUCGAAAUGGAGGAAUUAGAGUUUGUCGAUAAAACUCCCGAAACUUUGCAGUUCGAAGUGAAAUUUGAAACCGACGUAAAAGCCAUUUACACGCGUAUACAGAACUCCUUGAAAAAUUACAAAAAAGAAGUGAGUGGGGCUACAAUUUUAGUUGCUCAAACACCCAUGCCACUAACGAUGUUGACGUCGAAAAUGCCGUACUUGAACGAAUUUCCAGUAGUGAAAAAUCACAUUCAAGAUCUGGACGAUCUUUACGAUACUCUCGAUUGGCAGAGGGCUGGAUCCAAGAUGAUGCUACGGCAUUACUUCAAAAACGAAAUGGUCCUGAGGACUUUGAUCGAGCAGGCUCGAUAUUUUUAUGCUCCGGUUGGAAAUUUACCAACCGACGUCAUUAUGUUCGGCGCCGACUUGUUUUACGCCCGACACUUGCAGAAAGCCAAUUUUGUGCUCUGGUGGUCGGCUACCGAAAAACCAGAUUUCGGAGGCAGCGAAAACGACGACAGUAGGCUACUCACCGAUAUUGAAGAGAAAUCUGGGUGUACUAAAACUCAUCCUGGUGUUUAUAUUAACGUUUGCUUCGAGUUGGAUUUAAUCAGUUUAGCUGUGACUGCAUUGGUGCAGUCGCAUCACAUCAACGAUAUUGAAGGUACCAGUUCGUAUGUGGCGUUUCACAAUGCGCAGCAAGCAUCGUUACAGGAUAUUGUAUCGGGCGAUGCUGCAUUAAUAAAUGGAAUACCCUCUUAUGAUGAGGCAGCCUUGUGUAACCCAGCUUUCAAAGUUAUGAAGCAUAUGGUAGCUACUUGGCUCAAAGAAGUCAGUCAGUUUAAAAAUCCAUUCGCUGACUAUUUGCUCAUGCACUUUUAUCGAUGGUUGCGUUCGCCCACAUCGUUCUUGUAUGACCCGGCUCUACGUCGUACUCUACACAAUUACACGAAAAAAUUAUUCGUCCAGCUGGUGUCAGAGCUCCAAAGAAUGGGCUCGACCAUAAUUCAUGCAGAUUUUACAAAAAUCAUAUUGUGUACACAGAAAAAAGUCACGAGCGAUGCGCAGGGUUAUACCCAAUUUAUCAUUCAAUCAAUAUUGAACAAAGAACUCUUUCAUAGUAUUCAUUUUGAAGUCCGUAGAUGUUGGGAAUUUCUUGUUUGGUUGGAUGCGUCAAAUUUUGCUGGAAUUAGAAAAAAUAAAAGAUUAGAAGAAACAGACGUAAAUAUGACUCCACCUGAAGAAUCAGAGGUAGCACAGUCUCAAUCGGGAUCAGAAGAGGUGGAAUUAGUAAUGAAUUGGAACAUGAUUGAAUAUGUGCCAAUAGAAAUGUGUCAAUUGACCUUUACAAAAACAAUUUCUACCUAUUAUGGUACUCUAUAUGAAAAUUUACUAACAAGUAAACCAGAAGAUGUUGUCAAAACUGUAAAAGAUCUUAUAUCUGGUGAAAUGUCUCAGAAACUAUUUCAUUACAUUCAAGCUAUACAUAAAAAACAUCCAGAAAAAGAAUUGACCCUUGAAGAAUAUCCUCAUUUAGACUUUGAUCAUAAAAGCAAAAAGAUGACUAUAAAUCCAGCCCUUGAGUUAUCAAAAGCAAUAUGCAAGGUUUUGUCUUUGGAUCCAAGAAUCGAAGAAGAGGUUUCUAACUUGCAUAAAAAUUUAUUAAGACUGAUAGAUGUAGGAGCAUUUAGUGAUAAAGCAGAAUGGAAGGAUCCAUGUGUGUCCUUUACAUUGCCAGAAGUUCUUUGUGAAAACUGUAAUCACGUUCGAAAUAUUGAUCUUUGUAAAGAUAGUUAUCAGCAUAUCGAAGAUAAUAAACAAAUGUGGAAAUGUCCGAAUUGCCAUCUUUCAUAUGAUAAUGAUCAGAUUGAAUUUAAUUUAAUUGAUUCAUUGAAUAGACAGAGUGUAGGAUAUAUGAUCCAAGAUGUUCAGUGUUUAACAUGUAAUGAAGUAAAACAAGAUAACAUAGCUGAACGAUGUUCAUGCUCUGGUUAUUUUAAAACAAUGCUGUCAAGAGACAAUUUUAUAAGAACUUUGAAAAUAUUGAGGCUUAUAUCUACAAGAUGUCAAAUGCCUUUAUUAGGUGAAAGCCUAGACUUCAUGUUGACAAAUAUCGAAUAGCAUUGAUUUAAUAAAUUGUAAAUUUGUUAUUAUUAGCUGUAUAGAUAAUAUUCAAGUAUAAGGAUAUCAAAAAGAAUAAAAAUUUACCCUUAACAAUUAA